AUGAGCGAAGCCUUCCGACUGGAAACUGUUUUUACGCGCUUGAAAGAGCUCAAUGAACAGAUGCCAGAUGAUGACUCUUUUCAGUGGAAUUGCAGAAUGGUUCAAGCCGUCAGGGAAAACAAACCAUUUCAAGUUCUUCAGUUAGCUGGAAGUCAUAACUUCACAAAUGAGCUCCAAAAGGAUAUUGCACUUAGUUUGGUUCAGUAUGCUUGCGAGAUGAUCACGGACGAAACUACAAAGAAUGAGGCAUCUGAAGUCGAGACAGCGAAUUUGACAGUCUCGUCGCCUGAGAGCGGUUCUGAACUGACAUCAUCACCAGAAUCAUCAGAAAAAGAAGAUGGUCAAGACGAGCCAAAGCCUGUUGGAACUAUGCGAAAAUUCAACCUGAAGCACAACGCCCGUCAGCAACUAAUCCGCCGCUACAAUAAGACCAAAGCAACAGAGAUAUCCGACGAGACUAUCGACGCGUACUCUAAAAGAUAUUGUGAGCCAGCUGAGGAACUCAUCCGAUACUACAAAGAGAUCCCAUACCUUCCACACCGCGCUCCAAAGCGUAACCGAUGUACUGGAACUAGACGACAUACUGAAGAUUGA